AUGCAGGAUAUCAAUAAACUGCUCAUCGAGAAUAUUCUACCAAGCAGUGUUGCGUGCAAAUUCCUGGCGCCGGAUAGACCAGUCAAUGAAUUGUAUGCACGUCAGCAUGAGAACGUUUGUGUGAUGUUCGCUUCCAUACCAAAUUUCAAAGAUUUCUGGAGCCAGUGGGACACUAGUCGGAAGCUGGAAUGCUUACGACUUCUAAACGAAAUCGUGUGUGAAUUCGAUAAAGUGAGUUCGAAAAUAGCUUUCUUUCUUGUGAAUUGA